AUGUAUAUGGGCACGGAGAUGCCUUGCGGCAGGAUCGUCUCGUCUACUAUAACCGUCACAUACCUAACCAGACCUCAGCUCACCUGCUUUGCAAAAGGACGCGGCGCUCGGCGUUGGCGUGUUCCUUUCUACUACGUAGACCUAGGGGAAAGAGUGGAGGAAAAAAGAAAGCCAACACAAUUCGCCAGCGCGGCGGCCUUGUUGGCGCCCGGGUGA